AUGGUUCCCCCACCACCUGUCAGCAAGCCCCAUGUGUGCCUCUCCACUGUCCUCAUCAUGACCAGCCUUGUCCUCAUGGAUGCCUACCUCGUGGAGCAGAGCCAGGGCUCCAGGAAGCUGGGCAUCUGUGUCAUGGUGGCAGUGGGUGAUGUGUGCUUCCUACUGGUGCUCCGCUACGUCGCCAUCUGGGUCGGGGCAGAGGUAAAGACAGCGAAGCGGGGCUAUGCCAUGAUCCUCUGGUUCCUCUAUGUCUUCGUUCUGGAGAUCAAAGUUUACUUUGUAUACCAGAACUAUAAAGCUGAUCGGAAAAGCCUGGAUCUCAUAGCCCGCAAAGCGCUGACCUUGCUGCUCUCCAUCUGCAUCCCAGCCCUCUACAUGUUGCUGGUGGCCACAGAGCACAUGGAGUACGUCAGGACAUUCAAGAAGAAAGAAGAUCUCCGCAAUCGCCUCUUCUGGGUCAUUGUGGACAUGUUGGAUGUGCUGGACAUCCAGGCCAACCUUUGGGAGCCCCAGAAGAAGGGGCUACCACUCUGGGCUGAGGGCAUCAUGUUCUUCUACUGCUACAUCUUGCUCCUGGUCCUCCCUUGCGUGUCCCUCUGUGAGAUCAGCAUGCAAGGGAUCGGCAUCAUGCCACACCGGAUGAUGCUGUACCCCAUGCUGAGCAUGCUCACAGUCAACAUCACCACCAUCUUCAUCCGAGGCAGCAACAUGGUCUUCUUCAGGGAUGCCCGGGUCUCCAGCAUCUUCAUGGGCAAGAACAUGCUGGCCAUUGGGCUGAAGGUCUGUACAUUUGUGCAGUACCAGCGGCACCGGCACCACACGCCCCUGGGGCCGGACCUGGCCCCGCAGCACAGCGCCCAGGCCCAGCCCUCCCCAGGGCUGCACAAGUCCCGGGACCAGCCUGCCUGCCCUGAGGAGCUGGCCCAGGACAACACAUGA